UGAUACUUGUUUAGAUGGUGAUGGUUGCCUAUGAUGGUUUGCAUUACUGGGUGGUGAGUGGAUAGUGAUGGCGUAGUGUAUUGAACAUUACAAAAUUGCAAAUAUUCGAUUUGAAGUGGAUAAUUUUACAUAAAAAAUACAAAUAGGAUUUGUACACAACAGUGAUAAUUACUGUCGAGGCCGUUUCAUUUGGCUGGCGACCUUUCAAGAUGGAGUCGUUGAAUUCAGAACUUUUAACCCAAGUUCUGAAUUAUCAUGGACAACAGUUACAAAAAAUUUGGGAAGCCGAGCGGGGAGAGCAAGAUUUACUGAAGCAUAAUGUUAAAGACCUAAACUUUCAAGUUUACGGCCACAGGCAGAAGUACCUGUCAUUUCAGGACCGUGGGAAGAGAUUGAAGCUUCAGCAAUUUAUUGUAAAACAAUCUAAUUUAUUGUAUUCCCAUGAAGCUCUGCAACGAAAACAGCCUUCUGAAGAGACACCGGUUUCUGAAGAUUUAUAUGCAAUUUUACCACCUUUUGAAACAUUUCUAAAUGUUGACAAACAAAGCAGAUUAAAGUAUUUCUUUGAGAAAGUUAAGAUUGGAGAUUUGAUUCUAGGAACUAUCGUGAGCAAGACUCAAUCAGGAAUGAUGUUAAAAGUGCUGUGUACUGUUAGUAAGGGGAACAGUACUCGUUAUGUUGCUGACAUAAAUGUAAAGGCUUUCUGCUCUGUUGCAAAUGUUAUUCCUGCAGUUGAUCGAAAAGGUGUAACACGCAGUUACAUGAUGAAUGAUUCAGUUUGCUGUGAAGUAUUAGAAGUUAUUCCAGACACUGAUAAGAUGGUCUGUGGUAUGAAAGGCACCACACGACAACCAAACGAUCCUGAAUUUCGACCAUCCUUGGGCUUAAUUAGUACAGAUGAUUUCCCUAUUUCAUACAAGAAAGCCCUGGAGCAUAAGGGCGAAAGCUUUGACGCCGUUUUAGAGAAGAGCAUUGGCUUCAAUAAUCCUAAUAACAUCAGUUUUCUGUCGGAUUUGAUGGGGAUAAACAGCCACAUUUCGUUAUUAAAGGGAUUACAGGGCCGUUUUCCAGAGAAUGAGUAUGCCAUUGAAUUGAGACAAGUGCAGGCAAGCAAAUGGGCCUAUAGGAACGUCGCAGACGGUAUAGAUCAUUUCAAGGCUGGUAGACACACAGAAGCUUUCCAGUGUUUAAACAAAGCCCUUACCAUUGAUCCAAAGAAUGUGGAAGGGCUGGUAGCUCGUGGAGCUUUAUAUGCAAACAGUGGAAACUUCCAAAAAGCUAUAGAAGACUUUGAGUCUGCUUUGAAACUGAACCCGAGCCAUGCUAAUGCUCGUAAGUACAUGGGAGAGACUCUUGUGGCUUUGGGUCGUAGCUACGAGGAAGAAAAUAAGAUCGACGAAGCUCGAAAAGCCUACCAGAGCUGCUUAAGUUUGAUACCUUACCAUGAAGAAGCACAGAAUUCUUUAGAGUUCCUUAAAAACAAAACGCAACCAAAGAAUUUGAUAGAACCAGGAGAUCUUCUCUUGCCAAGUCUGGGAAGCAAUUCUGCACCCAAACAAGACGUUAACGAUGCCCUUAAGCAACUCCUAAAGACAGAGGAAGAAGAAAAAAAAGAAAAGAAAAAGAAGAAAAGGUCAAAGAAGAAGAAGAAUAGACGUAGAUCGAGUUCUAGUUCGAGUUCAAGUUCUUCAGCAAGUAACGACAGUUCUAGUAGUUCAUCUUCAAGUAGCAGUGACUCAAGUUCUACAUCUGGGGAUUCGGACUUCAAAAAACGAAAGAAGCACCGAUCCAGGUCUCACAGGCGUGAAAAACAGAAUUCCCUUUCUCCCUUAAGCAAACGCAUGGCCAUGAUGGACCCUACACACGACACACCGGCUUCGUACCAAUUCAAUAAACCUGCUUCAAACAGUUUUGACUUCGCUUUUGAACAGCAGCAACAACAGCAUCAUCAUCACCACCAAGCCUCGUCGGUUGCUAUUAGUGAGUCUCUGUUGCCCCCAUCAAGCUCAAAGGGUAGCGGGCAAGAUGAUUAUGAGUCCAAAAUACGCGCGUUCUUGGACCAUACAAAAGGAGAUUCCGAUUACGAAGAAAAAGUGCGUAAGUUUUUAGAGGAAAGCCAUCGCUGGAAGAAAGACAAGAAAGGUGAGGAUAAAAAGAAGAAGAAAAAGAAGGAUAAAAAGGCAAAGAAAGAGAGUAGAAAACGCAAGAAGGAGAAGAAAAAGCGUAAGCAUUUCGAUUUGAGUGAAUUAGAAGACAUCGAUAAUAAGAAAUUAAGGGAUGUUUUGAAGAAAGAGCUGGGAAUUAAGGAUAAAAGAAGCAAGAGACAUGGGAUUAAUUCAGAUGACGAGGAUUAUUUGUUAGAAAAAGUUGGAUACAGCAAAAGAUUUUUGGAUAGUCUACCAGACCUAGAGGAACUAGAAUCAAAACUGAACGCAUAUUAUGCGCUGGAAAAGGAAUCGAAACGAAGUGAAAUGAGCGAGAGUCCUAAGAAAUCACUGAUAAUGGACUCUCCGUCUCCCACAAGGGAACAAAAGGCUCGUCAAGCAGUUGCAGAAGCUACAGCCUCUGCCACUGCCAGUGGAGCGCCAACCAAAUGGAAAAUGCAUAUAAGUAAUGUAGGCGGACCUAGCGGCGGCUCACGAUUCAAAAAGAAAACUGAGCGGGACGAAUGGGCUGACGAACAACCGCCUUUACCUAGAAUGCCCCCAGAGAACAAGACUAACUUGCCCAGGGCGCCCGAACCUCCAGAACAGUCCCCCAUGAAAAAGAAUAAUUAUGAGUUUGCGGCUCCACCUCCUGAAAAGAACAUGAGUGUACGCAAAGCGAUGGCCAUGAAAGAGCAACCCUUACCACCGAAAAAGUCGCCGGAGAUAAAGAAAGUCAAACCGAUGCCUCCAGCGCCUACACCGAAACCGAUUGUUCCUCCGGGGCCUGUUGUUCUGGACAAAUUUGGUAAUUUCAGGAGAUUGUCUCCAACGAGAUUACAGGAGACCGGCGACGAUUUGCCACCUCUACCACCAGGAGCACCACCAAAUCGUCCUAGAUCGGCGAGCAGAUCAUCCCGUAGAAGCCGUUCGCGUUCUCGCGGUCGCCGUUACAGCCGCUCCAGAUCGUCAAGUGGUUCCCGUUCUCGUUCCCGAAGUUACCGAAGCCGAUCCAGAUCUUAUUACAGUCGCUCCAGGUCUCGUUCGGGUUCCUACUAUUCCAGAAGUCGUUCCCGUUCUCGCAGCUAUUCAGUUGACAGGCGUCGUUACCGUCGUGGCGGCGGCUUCCGCGGAGGGCGUUACGACAAUCGCGGCACGUACUACAAGCCUCGCUUACCUCCUAGAGGCGGCGGAGGCGGUAACUAUCGCGGCGGAAGAGGCAACUACAGGGACUAUCGCGAUAAUUACAGAGAUUUCCGUGGUCGGGGACGAUACGGUAACAGACCUCCAAGGAGACCAAGAGGCCGAUUUGGUCGUGGGGGUGGUUAUCGUGACUAUCGCGAUCGCAGAUACGACAGGAGUCGUUCUAGGGACCGCAGCAGGUCUUACAGCGGAAGUAGGGAUCGAUCUCGUAGCGGAGAACCCAUGAAGAAGGUCAACGAAGAAAAGGACAAGAUCAACAAGUAUAUUGACAAUGAUAACAAUGAACCUGCGAGACAUGAUGGACCUUUGUCAGAAGGAGAAGACAGGGAUGAUUACAAUAACGAAAAGUUUGUGGAUAGGGAAACCUUUGACGGUAAAUGGAGCGAGAAAGGAGGAGAAAACAACGAAGGCAGGAACAGUCCUGAUAAAGAGAAAGAAAAGGACAUUCCGAGUGAGACCAACCUUGAAGAAAUGGACAAAUUCCUGGACAAGGCUAAAAGGGAAAAAAAGGAGGAAAUGUUAGAAAGAAAUAAGGAGUUUCUGAAGGCGAAGUCUUAGUAAGUCAUUAUUAUUAUACUUCUGUUAUUUUUUUUUAUAUUUUUUUGUAUGAUACCUAAUUGCCCAAUGUAUUUUCCUUCUAAUUAAUUCAAUUAACGAUAAGAAAGUGUUGCAGAACGUUUAUGGAGAGAAAAUAAAGAAAUUAAUGUUUGAUGAUCCGGUUAAUUUACAUUUUCUUUGUAUUUUUGUCAAUUUUUAAGAGUGUAUCAGAAUACAUUAGAUGAACUAGUAAUUUUAAUGUAAUAAAACAAUGCGUUGUAAA